AUCUUGAAAAUCUGUCCAAGGAUCAUGAAAAAGCCAGGCUAGAAUUGGAGGCUCGGAGGAAGGAACUUAUGUCUCGUGAAGAGAUUCUGCAGAAGCGUCAAGUAGAUAAUCAUAAUAAGAGAAAUAAGCUAUAUCUUGAGAAGAAAAAUAAUGAGAUGGCCAUAGCAGAGCAACAAAAGGCUGACGACAAAAUGAUGCAUUUGGCUGAAGAACAUCAGGCACAAAUUUCAUUUUGCCUUUUAUCUACAGUAUUUUAUUAAGUUACAUGUAUCCAAUAUACUGUUGUUUUGAGGACUCUUUUGGUUGGAUGUUGCAGAAAGAGAAAGAGAAACUUCACAAGAAAAUUCAUGACCUACAAAGAGGACUUGAUGCUAAACAAGCACUGGAACUGGAAGUUGAACGGCUGAGAGGAAUUUUCCAUGUAAGGAAUAGAAAUAGAGAGACUGAUCUGGAAGAGAAGAAAAAACUGGAGUUGAUCAAAAUGGAUCUGCAAGAAAAGGAAGAGCAAUUGGAAAAGGUGGUAGAUCUUCAAAAAGCAUUGAUUGUUAAGGACCUCAAAACUAAUGACGAGUUGCAAGAGGUCCGCAAAAAACUAAUAAGUUGGAUUGGCUGCCCAAAGAACACUUCUCGAGUCAUAAUUGCUGUGAAAAAGAUGGGGGACCUUGAAAUUAAGCCGUUUGUGGAGGCAUCCAAGAGAGAGUUUCCUGCUGAAGGGAAUGGGAGAGCAGCUCAGAGAAAACUCGUCGAAGAAAGGGAAAUGAAAGCAAUUGAGUGGUCCAUAAAGUGGGAUAACUAUGUUAGAGAUCCAAGGUGGCAUCCGUUCAAAGUUGUAACUGAUAAAGAAGGGAAUUCCGAGGAGAUUUUAGAUGAAAAUGAUGAAAAGCUGAAAAGUUUGAGGAAUGAACUCGGAGACGAGGUGCAUGAUGCAGUAGUUACAGCUCUGAAGGAAAUGAAUGAAUACAAUCCUAGUGGGAGAUAUCCGGUGCCGGAACUCUGGAAUUUUAGGGAAGGAAGGAAGGCAACGUUGAAAGAGGGUGUUGCCCAUUUGAUGAGCCAAUGGAAGUUGUCAAAAGAAAAGAAAGCUUGA